AUGGGUGACUGGAACUUUCUGGGGAGACUAUUAGAGAAUGCGCAAGAGCACUCCACAGUUAUUGGCAAAGUUUGGCUGACAGUACUGUUUAUCUUCAGGAUCUUGGUGCUGGGGGCCGCUACUGAGGAGGUCUGGGGAGAUGAGCAAUCAGACUUUACAUGCAACACCCAACAACCUGGGUGCGAAAAUGUCUGCUAUGAUGAAGCCUUUCCCAUCUCCCAUAUCCGCUUCUGGGUGCUGCAGAUAAUCUUUGUCUCCACCCCAACCCUCAUCUAUCUAGGCCAUGUGCUCCACAUUGUGCGCAUGGAGGAGAAAAAGAAAGAAAAGGAAGAAGAGAUGAGGAAAACAGGGAUUAGCAGAAAUUCCGGCCAUCUACAAGGAUCAAAAGGAGAAACCGGCAGUGGUGAUAACAGUAGCAGCAAGGAACCACUUCCGCAGAAAGUUGAGAAAUUGCCACUCCGCGAUGAGCAUGGCAGGAUUCGCAUGGCAGGUGCCCUGCUGCGCACGUAUGUCUUCAACAUUAUUUUCAAAACCCUCUUUGAAAUAGCCUUUAUUUUGGGCCAGUACUUCCUUUAUGGCUUUGAACUGAAGCCACUCUACCGUUGCAGCCGCUGGCCCUGCCCAAACACUGUAGACUGCUUCAUUUCACGACCCACGGAGAAGACUAUCUUCAUCAUCUUCAUGCUAGCUGUGGCCUGCCUGUCUCUGCUGCUUAACAUGUUUGAGAUGUACCAUUUGGGGUGGAAGAAGUUCAAGCAGGGCAUGACUAGCAGGCACAGCCAUGCAGCACCCACCUUCACCACUGCAACAGCUUCAGAAGUGGAGGUCUCCAAAUCUAUAUCUCUGUCAGCCUUACCAUCAACUACACCACCUCCUGUGGCCUCGGUCACUAUGCCUGAAACUCGCACUAUCACUCCUCUAGUUUUUCAGCAAACCGAGUUGCCGCAUUAUGCUGAAGUUACCUCGGGGCCACAACUGGCCUCUGUUGCAACCUCUCUGGCUGGCUAUCCGGGGGGGCCUGUACCUGGUGAAGAAAGGCAUAAAGUCACCAGACACAGUGCGGUCUCCACACCGAUAGCAACGACAUCUUCCAUCCCUUCAUCUUCACCGGUCAUCAACUCCUAUUUCAACAGCCAUGCACUGGCUCAUGAGCAGAACUGGGCCAAUUUGGCUGUUGAGCAGCAGAGGAAAAUCCCUGUCUCCAGCUCAGCUGCCUCCUCCACCCCUAACAGUUUCCGACAAUCACAUCCAGACCAAGAGGAGCCCAGUGAGCACCCCCCACCUCCACCAUCUUUGUCUCCGGUAGCUGCCGCCAACAGCAGCAGCAUCAGUACCAGUCUGAGUGGGGGAAGUGGCAGCAGGUGGGAUGGAGAAGGUGAAGAUGAACGGCCCAUGUCAACUACUUGCACCCUGGUGGAGAUGCAUGACCCACCAUUGCUUAUAGACACACGUCGCUUGAGCAGGGCUAGUAAGUCAAGCAGCAGUAGAGCCAGGUCUGAUGACUUGACAGUGUAA